CCCCUUUAAGAAGUGCUGGGUGGAGCCGAACAGGAAGUGAAGCGUCAACGCAAGUCUCGCCAAAACAGAGAGAGCCGCCGACCGCUGCUUUGAUGAACCUACCUAUUAAUAAUCAUUACAGCCGUACACUGCUGCAUAGUGAGCUCAAAAUAGAGACUCUGUUACCAUCUGCUGGUAAGCUGGAGACCUGCAGCACUGGCGUCAUGGUGAAGGAUGUUUCGAAAGGUCAAGAAGCGCCACAGCAGCAGCAGCUCCCAGAGCAGUGAGGUCAGCACUAAAAGCAAGUCAGUAGAUUCCAGUUUGGGAGGCCUGUCUAGGUCCAGCACAGUCGCCAGUCUUGAUACGGACUCCACCAAGAGCUCAAGUAACGCCGUGUCUGACACCUGUGCUGAGUUCAGAGUCAAGUAUGUGGGAGCCAUCGAGAAGCUGCAGUUUGAGAUGAGCAAAACCCUGCAGGAGCCUCUAGACCUGAUCAACUACAUCGAUGCGGCUCAGCAAGAUGGAAAACUGCCGUUUGUGCCUGGAGACGAGGAGAUGAUUCUGGGAGUGUCUAAGUAUGGAGUUAAAGUGGCCUCACUGGACCAGUGUGAUGUGCUUCACCGUCACCCGCUCUACCUGAUCGUACGUAUGCUUUGCUAUGAUGAUGGUCUGGGUGCUGGAAAAAACCUGCUCGCGCUGAAGACCACAGAUGCAGAGCAGCAGGAGUGCAGCAUCUGGGUGUAUCAGUGCAGCAGUGCGGAACAAGCCCAGGCCAUCUGUAAAGUACUGUCCACCUCCUUCGACUGUGCCCUGGCCUCAGAGAAGUCCUGAGGUCUGUUUGGGAGUGUUCCUGUUCUUCCACGCUCACUCGUUCCUUCAGGAGGAGGAGGAGAAGGUGCCCUUUUUUAAAAGCAUCUGACAGAACUGCUGGAAUUUGUCUCACUUUGAUAAAUGUUAAUACAGCUGAUCGCUCUUUGUUCAGCAUGAAAGGGCAGCCAUCUCAACCAUGUUUACACCAUAUACAUUAGUCCCAGCAUCCUCUUCUCUUAACAUCCCCACCCACCACAACCCAAAAGCCAAGUUUGUGCUGCGUCUAUAUUUGUAACCUAAUUUAAUCUUAUUUAAUGUAAAUAUACAAUAACCUCAGAGCACAUUUCCCACUAUGGGCCAGUGAAUCUGGGAUUUGUUAGGCUCAAGUGGGAUUUGUGUAAACCGUGGUACAUUAAUGUCAGUGUGAACAGAAAGAUGCUGUAAAACCUAAACCCUUUGCGUCCUUUGUAUGUACAUGCCCCUCUUUUGUCAUCCUCCUGGUCCAGGUGGGAUCAGUUGAUACGGUACAAUAAAUAAAUGCAAAACGAAAAGCAUUUUCA